AAAAAGAUUAACCUUCAACUGCAACAACAGAGAAAGACAAACGUAGGGUGAACAUUAAAAAAAAUUACAGGAGGAAGGGGGAGUAAACCACUAUAGUACAUCACUUAACAAAAUUGUUAUUUAUGGGUAGUAUUAAAACGUGUAUGCUAACGUGUUUCACUUCAACAGGGGCUGAAUGGAUAACCAUGGCAACAGCAGAAGUUGCAGCGUUGAGCUGCUGACAAUAAACACUGAAGCGUUGUACCACACAUAGACCACUGCAAUAGACGUUGCUACAGGUAGGGGAAAGACAAGAGAAAAAGGAGAUCAACGGGUCGUACUGCAGGAAGUGGGACAGGUGAUGAGCUGGAAUAGAUCAUGUCUGAAGUACAGGGAACCGUGGAGUUUUCUGUGGAGCUGCACAAGUUUUAUAAUGUGGAUCUUUUUCAAAGAGGGUACUACCAGGUGAGAGCUGCUUUGAAGAUAUCAUCUCGUAUCCCACACCGAUUGAUAGUGACAGCAUCAACACCCACAGGGGAAUCUGCAGGGGACUCCAGCUCCACUGCUGCUGCCUGUGUUCAUGACAAUACAGUGUUCAGCAGGAUAUUCCAGAUCCUGUACAGGAAUGAAGAGAUCGCUGUCAAUGAUCCAAUGAACUUCAGGGUCCACUUGCUCCUGGAUGGAGAAAAGGUGGAAGAAGCCCUGAGUGAAGUGGAUUUUCAGCUCAAGCUGGACCUGCAUUUCACUGACACUGAGCAACAGCUGAGCGACAUUGCUACAGUUCCCAUGAUAAGCAGUCGGACUCUUGGCCUUCACUUCCACCCACGACGAGGCCUGCACCACCAUGUUCCUGUCAUGUUUGACUACUUCCACCUCUCAGUCAUAUCCGUCACCAUACAUGCUUCGCUGGUUGCCUUACACCAACCAUUAAUCAGUUUCACUCGUUCAGGAAAGGGCUCAUUGCUGGGGAAAGGUUCUGUCGAAAAUGGAGCAGAUCAGACCACCAUGUCUUUAGAGAACCUAAUGUUUGGGGCUGGAUACUGCAAACCUGUUAUAACAGAGGGCAGUUUCUAUGUCCCCUCUGAAAACUGCAUGCAGCAUGCAUACUCUUGGCACAGGAGGCUUUGCUGCCUGCUAUUGAAUGCACACAGAGGACUGAGGACCUAUUACACAGGCCUGAUGAAGGAGAUCCCUGAGCUGCCACAAACAGAGAUUGAAGAACUUCCCAUUGAGGAAACAGUAAAACAGCUAUCUACUGAACUGCAGGUGCAGAGUAGUCAUGAUAAAGUUGUGGAGCAGAUUAGCAGAGAUUUGACUCAACUCUGUUCCUACCUGAUGGCUCUCUGGAGCCAGUUUCUAGACACAGCUACUCUUCAGGCUGAAGUUACAUCCUACUUGGCUCAGGAACACCACACCCUAAGGGUACGAAGGUUUUCAGAAGCGUACUUUUUCACAGAACAUCACAAACGUGCAUCUCUGACCUUCCAAGAAGAGCUCAUCCAGCGACAAAAUCAGAUUGCACUUCAAGCUCGAGGUUCAGACUAUCUCACUAAGAUGCCUCCCCUGCCUGCUGAGUGCCUGGAUAUAGAUGGGGACUGGAACACUCUUCCCAUCAUCUUUGAAGACAGAUAUAUAGAGCUCCCCAGUGUGGAUGAGGACUUGGGCAGUGCCACGCCUUCCGUCCCACAUGUGCCCACUGCUAAUGGAAACAAAGAAGACAAAGAGACCACUUCUUUAGAAGAAUCGGAAAUGGACAGAAAAGCUUCCCCAACAAGGGAGCAUGAUUCUGGAAAACCACCAAUGAAUGAAAACCUUUUGAAAAGUUAUAAUUGCACAGAUCUGUCAGUGUAUGUUUCUUUGUGUGAAGAAUAUGAGGAAAGCAAUAAUAACCUAAAAAACAGUGAUACCUUAGAAGGCACUGCAGUGAGUAAUUCUCAGGAUAAUGAACCUCAUGAUUCAGAGCUGGAGGGAAGGAUUGCAGAUCCAACGGGGGGAGACAGCAGCUCUAACACUGGUCUGAAAUAUAUUGAGGUCAGGCCAAGUGAUACAGACCCAUACAGAGGAGAAGCAGUAUUAGUAGUAACAACGUCAAACAAAACAGAGUCCACAGACUUAAACAGGGCUGAGAGCUUAUCUCCGUCUUGUCAUUCAAAUGAGUUGGAAAAGAAAGAGCAUGAAAGCAGUGUUUUAGUUAAGGAUGUGUCCAAUGAGUAUGACUCUAAAUCCACCACAAAUCGAGCAGAGAUACCACCUCAUGGGGGCACGCUUUAUGAAAAUGAAGACAUUCUGUUAUUCAGUUUGUCUGUCACUGAUACUUCCGUCUCAGAGAUGGAAAGGACAGUAACAGUGCCAAGCAAAUGUGAACCAGCUGAAAAUGAUACAUAUGGAGCAGGAAAGGAUGACUUCACCAGGAGCUUAAGGACCAUGAAGAGGUCUUCUUCUGUGAUUUCUGAUUCUGGGAUUGAGAGUGAGCCCAGCUCAGUAGCCUGGCUGGAUGUUCGAAUCAGACCUCAGGACUUCUCCAGUGAGAGGGACCUGCUGCACCAGCUCGUAAGAAGGCACACCAUGCACCGAAACUCCCUGGAGGGGUGUCAGACCGAAAGUAACGCAAGCUUACCCGGUGGGAUACAGGCUUCCCUGACGUCCAUCAGCUCCUUGCCUUAUGAAGAAGAAGAACAGGAAGUGGAACUCAGCAAGCUGACCAAAUCUGUCUCCGCUCCUCAGAUAAGCAGCCCUGAGGAGGACUUAGAAACGAACCAGGACCGGAGACAAAGGGGCGAUGAGUCUCAAAGCUGUACAGCUGUGGGAGGAAACAUAAUGAGGCAAAAUGAUCGUCCAGUUGGAAAUGCUUCUUCUUUGGAGGAUAUCCUGGAAGGGAACAUGCCAGAGUGUGUAACAAUUCGUAGAGAAAGUAGUAAAAAUGAACACAGAGACAUAAACAUUUAUGAGGACUAUAAUUGUUCCAAAGAAAUGAACAUACCUAGAAUUCUAGAAAACCAGGUAGUUCUGUGCACAGUGGAUGCAGUAUUACAAGGUGUUCCAGAGGUAUUUCUUUAUAAAAAGUUUGUUGAUGAAGAACUUCCAAAACACACUGGGACUCAACCUGACAAAGCAGUAUUUUACACAUCAGCUAGUUCCCCUAUAACCCAAGAGAACUACAAAAAUAAUAGUGUACCAAAUUGUGGAGAUCAAUUGGACAGUCAAAAAGUCCCACACCUCAGUGACAAGGUGCCAGCAUUUGAUUUAAAAGAAGGUGAUGUGUCUGAAGGGGAGUUUAGGUCUUCUUUGGACAGCACUAACAAAGCAACUCUGCGUGAAUCUGAUCAGUGUUUCCAUCAAAUAGAACUGAAUGAGGAGGAUAAUCUGAAUGAGAGGAUAGACUGUGAACAUCCUACUUUGCCCAGUCAAGGGAAAUCUUCAAACAUUCCUAGCUCGGGUUUGGCAUUCAUGAACAGGAAGGUAGUAGAGGUGGUUAACCUAUCAGUUUCGUGCGCCCCAACUUGUCUGCCAUUCUCUUCUGUGCUCAGGGAUUCUCCAUCAGUCAGCGGGUUUUCAAUGAGGCAGGCAACAUCGCCCAUCACCAGACAGCCUCUGGGCUCGUUUGGUGUGAUCUCUUCUAAUUCCUUUUGUGUGGAUGAAGAAACCAGCGAGAGAAUGCUUAAUUUCUAUAAGGCCAAAGAUGAUCUUCUAAAUGAGCUGAAGUUUCGAGGUACACUGUACAGCAAUCUACCCCAGCUGGCCUCUGAUGUGCCAUAUUUUCCACCUGAGGAAGAGGAAGAGAAUUUCGAGGAUGGCAUUCAUCUUGUAAUCUGUGUUCAUGGUCUAGAUGGCAACAGUGCAGAUCUACGGCUGGUGAAGACUUUUAUUGAGCUGGGGCUGCCUGGAUCAAAACUGGACUUCCUGAUGUCAGAAAGAAACCAGACUGACACCUUUGCUGAUUUUGACACAAUGACAGACAGACUUUUGGAUGAGAUCAUUCAGCACAUUCAACUGUAUAACCUCACCAUAGCCAGAAUAAGCUUCAUUGGGCAUUCACUGGGCAACAUCAUAAUUCGGUCAGUGCUGACGCGACCCCGCUUCCGAUAUUACCUCAACAAGCUGCACACGUUCCUGUCACUGUCUGGACCCCACCUGGGAACGCUGUAUAACACCAGCACUCUGGUCAGCACAGGUCUCUGGCUCAUGCAGAAGUUUAAGAAAUCUGGAUCGUUGUUACAAUUAACCUUCAGAGAUCACUCAGAUCCUCGAAAGACCUUUCUGUACUUGCUAAGCCAGAAGCCAGGACUGCAGCAUUUUAAGAAUGUCGUGUUGGUGGCAUCUCCACAAGAUCGGUAUGUUCCCUUUCAUUCGGCACGGAUAGAGAUGUGCAGAACAGCUUUAAAAGACAGAGGCACAGGCCCAGUUUACGUAGAGAUGAUCAACAACCUGCUACAGCCCUUAUUAGAUGCCAAGGAGUGCAAUCUGAUUCGACAGAAUGUGUUCCAUGCCCUGCCCAACACUGCCAACACCCUGAUCGGAAGGGCAGCCCACAUUGCAGUACUCGAUUCUGAGUUAUUCCUGGAGAAGUUCUUCCUGGUGGCUGGACUUCAUUAUUUCAAAUAAUAUUCUCUCACGUUUUGCAUAAUGUGAGCAUUUAGAUAGCAUUCAGCUGUUUAGCAUGACAGUAUCCUUUAACUGCAAAAUGUUAUCCAUUAACAAAUUAAUAAAACCAAAAACUGAGAA